GAAUCACAGAUGAUUAUAAAUCCGGUUUGGUCUGUCAAUGAUUCACAUGACCCUGCCUGCCUGCAAGCCAUUGGUUCAACUCUCACACACUCCCCUCACACACUCCUCUCACACACUCCCCUCGCCCUCACAAAAGGGUAAAUGCUGCAGAUAGAAACCAGAGGUAAAGUUAGUGGUGCUUUUGAAAGAAGAGAGAAACACACCUGCAGAGAUGGGCUUCUCCCUCUUUUUCUCCGCUGAGACCUGGACCCUCCUGGUGGCUCUCAUCACACUGAUCUUUGUGUAUUCCUGCUGGCCAUAUGGAAUAUUUAAGAAAAUGGGCGUCCCUGGUCCCCAACCGGUCCCUUUCUUUGGCACUAUGCUGGCAUAUAGAAAGGGAUUCAUUGGAUUUGACCAGGAUUGCUUCAAUAAAUAUGGAAAAAUAUGGGGCAUUUUUGACGGCCGUCAGCCCGUGCUGUGCGUCACGGAUCCCUCCAUGAUAAAAGCCAUCCUGAUAAAGGAGUGCUACUCUCUCUUCACCAAUCGCAGAAACUUCCGACUGAACGGGCAACUGUACGACGCCGUGUCCAUCGCUGAGGACGACCAGUGGAAAAGGAUCCGCAGCGUCCUGUCGCCCUCCUUCACCUCGGGGAGACUGAAAGAGAUGUUUGACAUCAUGAAGCACCACUCUGCUAACCUGACCAGCAGCAUGAAAAAGAAGGCAGACAAGGAUGAGCCCUUAGAGCUGAAAGAGUUCUUUGGACCCUACAGUAUGGAUGUCGUAGCCAGCACAGCCUUCAGCGUCGACAUCGACUCACUCAACAACCCCUCAGACCCUUUUGUCACUAACAUCAAGAAGAUGCUGAAGUUUGACCUUUUUAACCCGCUCUUCCUCAUUGUUGCUUUCUUCCCCUUCAUGGGUCCAGUUCUUGAGAAGAUGGAGUUUUCCUUUUUCCCCUCGUCUGUCACAGACUUCUUUUACGCCGCGCUGCAGAAGAUCAAGUCCAACCGAGUGCACAGCAAGGAAAAGAAUCGAGUGGAUUUCCUUCAGUUGAUGAUUGACUCCCAGAAAAACAACGACCUCAGUAAAACUGAAUCAAACAAAGGUUUAAACGAUCAUGAGAUCCUUUCUCAAGCAAUGAUUUUCCUCUUCGCUGGCUACGAAACCACCAGCAGCUCUCUCACUUUCUUGGCUUACAAUCUGGCGACGAACCCUCACGUCAUGAAAAAGCUGCAGGAGGAGGUCGACUCCACCUUCCCGAACAAGGCUCCCGUCGAGUACCAGGCCCUGAUGCAGAUGGACUAUCUCGACAGCGUCAUCAACGAGUCUCUCCGAUUGUACCCCAUCGCCGCACGUCUGGAGCGCGUGGCCAAGGCGACCGUGGAGAUAAAUGGCCUCGUGAUUCCAAAGGGUAUGGUGAUCCUGGUACCCACAUGGCCGAUGCACCGGGAUCCUAAUCUGUGGCCCGAGCCCGAGGAGUUCAAACCUGAGAGGUUCAGCAAGGAAAACAAGGAGGCUAUUGACCCCUACAUGUACAUGCCUUUCGGGGCAGGACCAAGGAACUGCAUCGGGAUGCGAUUUGCUCUGGUGAUGAUGAAACUAGCUUUGGUGGAGAUCCUGCAGAAGUUCAGCUUCUCUGUGUGCAAGGAGACUGAGAUCCCCUUGGAGAUGGACAUCCAGGGCCUGCUGAUGCCAAAAAGACCAAUCAAACUUAAGCUGGUGCCACAUUCUGAAUAAAAAUAAUUAAUGAGAUAAAAGAUUAUAAACAUGGCCAUUUUGAUCAUGCCUGAUAGUAGAGUUGUGUGUACGUCUGUAUCAGCUAGUUCUAUUUUGUUCCCAUUAAAGCUUUUACCAAUAUUCAUCCUAAACUAUCCAUUUGUCAAACCUGUGUCGUCAACAAUAAAGGUUAGUUUGGAUCUUCCUGA